UGUUUUGGGGGGAAGUUUAUUAGUUAGUUUGACAGCUAGUUCAGUGGUAGUUAGUGACUGUGUUAUGACAGGUGAACAGCUCGGUAGAUACCCCUGUUAAGACUCGUUAUAACCGGCAGGGUUUCAGCUGAUGAGCGGUCAUGGUCUCCACGAUCCAGAACACCGACGUGAAGCAGAAAGAUGCUGAUUGUGCAGUGGUUGUUGCGGUAACAGCUCGUGCAGUGUUUGAAUCUGGAGUUGAUGAUGAUGAUGACGUGUACGGAGCAGGCGUGGCUUUUCCAUUGCUGCAGGCACUUCAGAGAGUGAAUGAACGUCUGUUGGAGGAAAAUCCUGCUGAAUCACUGCUGUUUGAUGUCAUCCUGAUCACCACCGACAGCCAGCAACAGCAGCAGAGCUCCCGCAUCAUCAGCAGCACCAGACAUUACGGUCUCGAAGUCAGCAGAUUCUGUUUUUCCAGUGAGGAGGAUUUCAUCGAAAGUUUACUGAAAAAUAAGGUGCAGCUCUUCCUGUCAACAAACAGAAAUGAGGCACCACAGGCAUCACAGAAAGGUGUUCUCUCAGCACUGCUGGACCAGCAGGUAGCCCCGUCAGAGCAGCUCAGAGUAAUGUUCUGUGGGGACGCAGUCAUCAGGUCCAACACUGGCCCAGUGCCAGCAAGCCGAGAGGCCUCUCAGAGUUUCUUGGCUCAGCUUGGUGAGAUGCGGCGGAGGUUCAGCAUGUUGAACAGCCCUCUCAGCAUCGUCCUGGUGACGUCAAGCGGCGGCAGGGAAAGCUGCUGCUGUGCCCUGCGGACGUUGCGGUCCUGCGGAGUGAACGUGGAUGAGGUGUACUGCCUUGCCGGGGCCCCACGGAGCCCCAUCCUGUCCGUGCUCCAAUCUCACUUCCUGCUCAACGAUGGCUUCAGCGGCCUGGAGGAGUGAUGAACUCAUUAGGCGGAUGAACUCAUGACUUCACAAAAAAACUCCAGUGUGUCUUUGAAACAAGCUGCUAAAUCCUAAUUUGAACAGAUCGUUUCAACUCAUUGAGCUUUAAGAAGCCAAUCAGUGAUCCUGAUGUAAAGCAAAGCCCCGCCCACAAACCCAAGGGUUGGACACUGUCACACAGCAGUAAACUGGCUGUGCCUUUUGUGGACAAACAUCUAUUUCAGCUUUCUAAUUGGAUGAUAUAAACAUACUCGACUAAAUUAGGGUGCAGUCUCACUGUGAUACUUUAAUUCUGAUCUGUUAACUUUGAAAACUGGAGCGACAUCACUUAUCUUGUGCGGCUUUAAGAUGCCUUUUAAACCUUUGAACCCUGAUCAAAUUAGUGUGAUUUCUUUCACAAACACUGGACAAAGAAGGGCAUAGAGUAACUUAAUAAGUUUAUAAUUAUCAUAAUUGCAUAUUUAAAAUAAUGUCACACAAUUAUUAAGCACAUUUUCCAACUCUUG